UCGCGUCCUGGUGCCGGAUCGGUCGUCACAGUAUCAUGUGAACAGUCGAGUCUCACACCAGCUCUCGUCCUUCUCCGUUCGUCACGCAGUCCCGUUCGCUCCGCUCGGUGGCCAGGAACCCAGUUACUCUAUGCUCCCGUUCCGCACUCUACGGCUCUGCUCUUAAUGCGGCACGGUGCAAAGUGUGUGUGAAAAAGCAAAGUGCCACCGACAAUUUGAGAUUUAAUCGGAGAAAAUGAGUUUCUUGAACUCAUUGACCGAAUAUGUCAGCAACAGUGUUGCUGGAUUGAGCUUAAGCCCCAAAAGAUUCUCCUUAAGUCGAACAGACACAACAGAAGGGACAACGACCGUACCCGGAUCAAGGAGUAACUCCGGAGAUAGCAACACCCCGGGCUUUCCCAAAGUUCUGCCCGCUCCAGGUGCAAGUGCUUUAGUACAGCGUCGCAGGAGCACGCUGGAAUGUCUGGUGCCGCAGCCUCCCGUCCGACGACCGGGCUCCUUCCGAGUCAGGUCGCCGAAGGCAACCCCCGAGAGACCGCCAACUUUCUGCUGCCGUCGGCCCAGCUGGCCCGAAAUCGAUCAUCAAGUCCGCUCGGGGGUGCAAGAGAUAGAUGGCUCAUACUUUGAAAGCUUCACGGCCCUUGCAUGGAAACAAGAAAACCAAAGACAGAGCAUGUUGAAAUCAGCCGAAGCAUCUGCAUCAGACCCGCCACCACAGGAAGGUGAAUUGGGCAUCACACCAAUCGAUUACACCGCACCGCAAAACGAAAAAGACAAAUUGUACGUCGAAAUGCUCUACACCAUCGCCAACACGGUGGGAGCUCCGGCGCCGGGUGGACAAUACGCACAUUACAAAGAAGAUCUUUAUUUGUAUGGACAGCGGGCAUUCGGGAUGCCACCGGAUAGACAUUAUCGCAUGCUGCACGUUGCCGGCGAAGAACAACCCCCCAUUGUUGUUUUGAGCGUGGUCGUAAUCGAGGCAGAAGGUUUGGAGGCUAAAGAUGCGAAUGGUUUCAGUGACCCCUACUGCAUGCUGGGCAUCCAACCCAUGCAGACGGUGGCUCCGUCGUCCCCCCAGCCUCAACCGCUGACACCGAAUCGCACCCUGUCCGAUGCGUGCAUGCCCACCGGCCUGGACGCCAGUCAGGGCAACCAUGGCGAGAAGCUGCGUAAGCACCACAGCUUCAAGCUCAGCUUUAAGCGGAAGGACGGCCGCCCCAGGGAGCAGCGAGACAGCAUCGGCGGCGCUCUACCUGCCAAGUUCAUAAGGGCCACGUCGGUCAAGCCCCACACACUCAAUCCGAAAUGGAACGAGAAGUUCAGAUUCGACAUCGACGACAUAAACAGCGAUUCCCUCCAUUUGGACAUUUGGGACCACGACGAUGAAAGCUCAGUGCUGGAAGCGGUCAGUAAAUUGAACGAAGUUCGGGGUGUUCGUGGUCUCGGCAGAUUCUUCAAACAGGUCUGUCAAUCGGCUAGACAAAGUUCGCAGGAUGAUUUUUUGGGCUGCGUCACCAUUCCUUUGUCCGACAUUCCAUCGACUGGAUUGGAAGGCUGGUUCAAAUUGGAGGCGAGGUCUCAAAGAAGUUCCGUUCAGGGACGGAUACGGUUGAAAAUGUGGCUCUCGACGCGGGAAAACAGAGGCGUUUCGGAAGAGGAUAAUUGGACGGAGCUCAUACAACACGAGAAUUUGUAUGCUAAUUUCGUAGACUAUGAACUGAGGAACUGGGGCCGCGAAACGUGGACGUGGAACGGUGAUCUGCCAGGACCUGCCCUGACUAUUCUCCAUCAGCACGCUGUUCAAGGCGAUCUGACUGAACUGCAGACUGCCGUCGCCCGUUUCGUAGCCGCGGCCCGUGUUUAUCUCAAGCACCCGCUAGACCCGCGCUGGAUGUUGCAGCUGCUCACCGACAUUGAAAACGCCUGGAUGAACUUCACCCUAACGCGGGAAGAAGAGAUGUGGCUCGCCGAAAAGUUUACUGCCAUGCAAGAACGAUGGUUACAACAAUUAAGACACCAUCGACAAUUAUUCCCGGCUCUUCAUCCGCCAUCUUUAGUUCGACUGGAAUAUGUCUUGAGAUGUUUGGCUUACUUAUCGAACAUGAAAGCAUUCUGGAAAUGUUGCCCAUUUAAUAAGGAAAUCCGUGGCGAGAUAGUGGCCACGUUAAGGAAGGGCACUCCGGAGUGGUUCAACUAUCUACGCGCCAGUUUCAUAAUCUCCGACGAAUACGAUGCCUCCUUCGUGGAUUUCUGUUCGGAGGUCUAUGUUCAGCUCAAGCACGGCCUCUCCCAUUAUCAUCCGCUUUUCGAAGGAACAAAUGGCAUCCCAUACUUCAGCGUGGUCUUCAAACAGAUCGACAAGCUGAUGUCCGACGAAGUAAUAUCGUUCCUCAAUCAGAACGAACAUCCGGACGCGGCUUACAGCCGUUUGAUAUUUUCCGUCUAUUUGGAAGUGAAAGAUCUAGCCAGCUUCAACCAGAACCUCCCGUCGGGCGGCGACCACAAGUUGCUCCUUGUCAGAUGUCACGAGUGGUUCGAACCGUCAGUCAGUUGCUGGCUCACCGUUUGCAAGUCGAAGGCGCUACAAAGGGUGCGUACCGCCGUUGAUUUGCAAAAACCAUGCGAAGGAGACAAACUGGUGAAGCACAGUUCGUCUGCCGUUGACGUCGUGGCGAUGUUUUGUCAGUUGAGAGAUUUUUGGAGGCUUUUGCAGUGGCCUAAAAUCCAUUCUAUAACGUUGCUGUCACAACUGUUGGAUUGCAUAUGUUCGGCGGCAUUGCUGUACGCCGACAUCACGUACCAAGCACUCAUGGAGACUGGCUAUUUCGACCGAUUGGGACCAUUUAAAAUAAGCGAGGAGAUGUGCAUUGCCUCCAAUAACUUAGAAUACGUUUAUAAAUUUGUAUCGUUGUUAGAAAAUUAUUUCGACUUUGUAACUCUAGAAUCAAUCGCAACUGAAAUGCAAUUUGCAACGUUGACUACACAGUUAGACAGUACCCUCAAUCAAUUCCAAGUACGUAUCAUGGACAUUUUGAAAAGAAUCGGUCCUCAAAUGCAAGAAGCUCUCAGAAAAGCCAUGUUCCAUGUAGCGUGGUCCCCCGACACAUUGCCCACAAACCAAGCAGUAGAACCACUAUUCGAUUACUUGCACACGCAUCUUCAGGUGCUAAACGUAGCACUUUUACCACAAAAUUUCCAGAAGGUGCUCUACGAGGUGUGGGAAUACACACUGGACGAACUCAGCCAUCAGAUGGAUGGCGGCACGACCAACGACGAAAUUCCUCCAAUGUUCCACGAACGGCUACACUCGGCCUUGGAGUUGCUGGUGGACUUUUUCCACUCGGAAGGACAGGCUUUGAGCACCGAUGUUUUACAUUCAGAUGCCUUCUGUCAAAUCGAACAAAGACUGCAGUACCACAGGACUGACACCGAAUCGCUCAUAGAAAUCUUCUAUGGUCAAAGGUUGCACGAACAAAUGAACAUUUCGAGUAGUCCUUACGGAAAUCUGGCAGUCCGAGCCUAUUUCAAUCACGAUUCACUGUGUGUAGAGGUGCUUCACGCACGCGACAUCAUCCCGCUAGACCCGAACGGUUUCAGCGAUCCGUUCGUGAUAAUCGAACUCCUGCCACACCGGGUGUUCCCGCAUUGCAACGAGCAGCAGACCAACGUCCACAAGAAAACGCUGCACCCCAUAUUCGACGAGUGUUUCGAAUUCAGCGUCUCCCUGGAGCAGUGUCGUUCGUCCGGAGCAAUGAUAGCUUUUACAGUCAUGGACCAUGACGUGCUCACGGCCAACGAUUUUGCGGGUGAAGCUUUCUUAUCUUUGGGCAGCAUACCAGGAGUGGCAGAUACUGGACCUGGUGUGGAUAAUUUCCAUGGAUUGAAACCAGUGGAUUUAGUUUUGAUGCAGCAGCACCAAAAAAAUCAUCCAAUUCUCCAGAUCUUAGAGUCAAGGACGGGCGAUAGAGCUGCACAGGACUUCGUCAAGAAACAGAAGCUACGGUUCGCAAUCAAAUAAAUCACUGGAUAGGUUGUAGUAAAAUACAAACAUUUUAUACGUCUCUUCCUACGAAAUGGUUGUAACCACUAUUUUUUCUACGUGAUCUGACCUAUGUCUAUUUUUUAUUGUAUAAAUAUAAACGACAAACUAAAAAAUUUCUACGCAUCCAUACGCACUGAAUCUUGUACAUAUUUAAAUGUAAAAAAGAUUUAAUUCAUAUUUGGAUUUGUUCAUUUUAAUUGCAGAAGUUUUAUUAGUUUGUCAUAUACACGGUGGACCACUGUAACUCACAAAGGUGUUUAUUACCUUAAUUAACAAUUUUAUUAAGUUUUUAAUAUUUUAUAAGCACAAAUUCAAAAUAUUUAUAUCUAUAAAAUGAUUGUAAAUAUAAUUUCCGUCCUUCAAAGGUUAUGAACCAAUAAAACAUUAAUUUAAUAAGUACAAAUAAAUCAGUGUAGUUUGAAUC